GUUGCCAAAACAUUACACGUUACGUUACUCAUUCGAGCAGAUUUUAUUUGUUUUGGCUCUAAUUAAACCUCAAUUAAUCCAAUUUUAUCUAUACAAAACCAUUUAUUUUCAAUUCUGCACUUCAUCCCACAUCCCAUUUAUAUUUCCACAACGGAAACUACAAUUUAACAUCGGUGUAACAGUGACAUUUGUGCCGCUUGGCCGCUGAUUAUCAGUGAUAGACUGAUAGUGGAUGUCUUCAGGGAUCUGUUGUUGCAAGCCGCAGCAUGUCGAUGCGCAAGCGGAGCGGCUCGGGCUCCAAGCGGCACCUGAAGGAGAAGGUGGUGCAGAUCUACGAGUCCUUCUUCCGAGGCGAGGACCUCACCAGCGACAACCCCACAUUCUGGGAUGAGUUCUUCCUGCUCAAGCCGAAGAUACCGCAGCUGGAAGCUGAAAUACAGAAACUGUCGCCGGAACAGCUGUUCAAUAUGAAAGAGCAAAUCAAUUUGUUAGUGGCUCAGUGUAUUGAAAUGCUGGGGCAGGAGCACCACAUCAGGUUGGUGUUUGCGCUGCAGACCCUCAGUGCGCUGCUCAUCACCAUGUACCAGAAGGCAGCGCAGGACCCCUCCCUCAACCUCAAGGCGGUGCUCAUUGGCGCCGAGCACGCUAAUAUGAGGAUGCAGAAGCUGUUGGAGCAUUGUCACACUUUAUUAUCAGGUGACGUAGCCGACAGCCUCAAGUCCAUGGUGCUGAAGCUGCUCCUGGUCAUCGUCACCGGCGCGGACGACAUCGACGACAACCCGCUGGUGGACUACCUCAUGCUGCACUGCCUCUUCGACCCGCUCGUGCAGCUGUUGUGCACUUCCACGGAGAGGCAGCAACAUGGCUACGAGGUGCUGAUGCUGCUGAUGCUGCUGGUGGAGUACAAGCGGCAGGACGGGAACCCCUACGUCGUCAAGCUGUCCAUCCUCGACGACGAGCUCGCGCUCAACGGGUUCGGGCAAGUGAUAACAGCCUCUCUCAACGACUUCGUGAUGUGGACGUUCGGGGGCGCGGGCGGGGGCGGGGGCGGCGCGGCGGGCGGGGGGUGGCUGGCGUCGCUCACCAGCAUGGUGGGCGGCAUGUUCCUCGCGGGGGACGACGCGCCGCCCGCGCGCAGGGGGCAGAACGGAAGCGAGUCGGACGGCAUGCUACUGGCGUUGUACAGCGCGGCGCACCUCAACCGCAACCUGAUGUCGACACUAGCGCACGCGCCCGCCGCCUCCGCGCCGCCCUCGCCGCCCGACACGCUGCAGACGCACCAGAGUCCGCCGAACAUGGCGCAGAUCCAGGCGCUGGACAGCGACCAGCCCAGCAACCUGCUCGUCACCUUCUUCCAGUACUGUUCGAUAGUGAUGGCGGACACGCGCUCGGAGGCGGCGGCGCAGGCGUGCACGCUCUGCUUCAUCACGCUCACCUGCAUCGCGGAGGAGCAGUUCGCCAACGCCAUCAUGCACGACCAGAACCUCACAUUUAAGGUCCAAUUAUAUAGACUGCCAAUGCGACACAGGAAAAUAGUACCGGAGGAGCCGCCGUCACAGCCGCUCGCAUCCACACUCAUAGACCUCCUAGUCGAGUUCAUGAUGUGCCACUUACUCAAGAAGUUCCCCGGUGAGCUGUAUUCCCUCUGCAUCGGAGUAUUACUUCGACUCCUCAGCUACCAGAAGCGGUGUCGAGUGAGACUGGCGCGCGACUGGCGCCCUCUGUGGGCCGCCCUUAUAGCGUUGUUGAAGUUCCUAGUAGCCAAUGAGAGCACGCUGCUGAGGAGACACGAUAUCUUUGUUAUGGCGCAGCAGGUGGUGAACAUCUUCAACCUGUUCAUCACGUUCGGCGACUCGUUCCUGCCGGAGCCGGCGUCGUACGACCAGCUGUACUACGAGCUCAUCCGCGUGCACGCCGCCUUCGACAACCUCUUCUACAUGGCCCUCCGCUACUCGACGGGUUCGGGCGCGCACAAGGCGGCGGCGCUGCGGCUGGCCAACUCGCUGGUGAACGUGCGAGCUAUAGUGCAGCACUUCGCGCCCAAGAUCGACGCCUGGCUCGCCGCGCAGAGCCUCAGCACGCCCACGGAGGACCAGAUCCUGGAAGUGGUCCGCAAGAACUACGACAGCCUGAUCCUGAAGCUGCAAGAAGGGCUAGAGUCGUACGAGCGCUACCACGCGGCGCCGCACCGGCCCGUGCUGGCGCGCCGCCGCGCCGCCGCCGCCGCCGCGCUCAGGCGACGCGUCGCCGACGACCUGUCGCACUACACUGCCACCAGCCAGUGACACACUAAUGCAGCCGCAGCGC